UCCAUAUGACGUCUAUGGCUUGGGGCUUCCACCUACCAGCUCUUGUUGCCCGAUUUCUGCCUUCAACUGUUAGCGUCCGCUCCAGGAUAUUCUUGUCCAGGUAUACAAAUUCACAGAUGGGUCGGGAUAACAUCAAGUUAAUGGAUACAAAAACCCGUGCCAAUUUCCGGCUCUGCAAUGUGGCAGGUUAUAAGACCGACUUGCUCGAGAUUCAUGCCCAAAAUCCUGCCUUCCAUGUUCUGUUCAUUCCUGGAAACCCAGGUGUUGUUUCGUUUUACACUGAUUUUUUGGAGUCUCUGUACGAGUUGCUGGGAGGAGGUGCAAGUGUGACUGCUAUUGCGCAUGUAUCUCACACAGAAAAGAACUGGGAGCAUGGAAGGUUGUUCUCCUUACAAGAACAAAUUGAACAUAAGUUGAAUUUUGUGGAACAAGAGCUUGAAGGCGUUGAAGUCCCUAUAGUACUGGUCGGCCACUCAAUUGGUGCCUACAUAUCUAUGGAAAUGUUUAAAAGAUCCCCAGACAAGGUAAGAUAUUGCGUCUUUCUAUAUCCAUUUCUGGCUGUAAAUACAAAAUCUUCAACACAGUCUUUGAUUAGAAAAAUCUCAGCGUCUCCACUUAUAUGUGCUGUACUUAGUUCAAUUGCGGGUAUGGUACCAAUUUGGACCUCCAAAUUUCUUGUUACAAAAACUCUAGGAAAGCUGUGGUCCUCUUCUGCAGUUGAUGCAUUAUGUACUCAUGUGCUUCAGUACCAUUCUAUGAGAAAUGUGCUCUUUAUGGCCAUGACAGAAUUCAAAGAGCUUUCCAAAACUCCAGAUUGGGACUUCAUAAGGGAAAAGAGAGGUCAGAUUGCCUUUCUGUUUGGCUUUGAUGAUCACUGGGGUCCCUUGCAUCUCUUCGAGGAGAUAUCCAAACAAGUCCCAGAUGCUGUUCUCGCGGUUGAACGUCAGGGCCAUUCUCACACUUUCUCUUGCACAGAGGCUGGCUCAUUAUGGGUUGCUCAGCAUGUUGCAAGCUUGAUAAAGAAUCACAUGUUGAAGUCUAUUAGCAGGUGAAGGCGUAAAAGUUCUGCCUCCAGUUGCACAUGAAAAAAAGGGUUUUGGAUCAUCUGGAUGGCAUGAAAACAAAAGGUGUGCACGUAGCCGGCUCUAAACAAAGGCUGAAAUAUCAUCAAGUAGAUGGUUUUACCAUUCUAAGCUUUCACCUUGUCUCUGAAGCGUCCUCACGAGGCUCCUUUUUUCUUUUCUUUUCUGCUUUAGGCUUCAUUUGGGAGUUGAGGAUUUGGACAGAAAAGAAAGAGAAAGAAGAGAAAGUUUAGUUUUCCUUUUGUUUGUUAGUUUUUAGUAAGAAAGAAAAGAAAAGAAAAGAAAUGGGAGGAUUCAGAAAGACGAAUGAACAGUAGCCAAAACUUUUCCUUCCAAAUUGGACGAAAAUGGAAAGAAACU